AUGACGGAAUCAGAAAGCCUGGGUUCUCCUGAAAAGGGGGAUCCUACUGCGAAUCUGUCAGAUAUAAACAACACGCAGCGCAGUGAGACCGGCGAUGAUGAGGAAAUCAAGCGUGCCAAGAGCGACCAGGACGACGCAUAUCAAGAACAAUCGACCACCAAGGUCGUACUUCUUCUUGUCUCGAUCAUGAUGACCAUGUUUCUGGUUGCUCUAGAUCGAACGAUCAUCUCAACGGCAAUCCCUCAAAUCACCAAUGAAUUCGACUCCCUGUCCGAUGUUGGCUGGUACGGAAGCGCAUAUCUGCUGACCUGCUGUGCAUUCCAACUGCUAUUCGGAAAGAUCUACACCUUCUACCCCGUGAAAGCAGUUAUGCUGAGUAGCAUCCUGCUGUUCGAAGUUGGCUCUGCCGUUUGCGGAGCUGCGCCCAACUCCACGGCUUUCAUCGUUGGCCGAGCUCUCGCUGGUAUUGCUGCCGCGGGGAUCUUUGCUGGAUCUGUGGUAUGCAUCGUCUAUGCAGUUCCGCUCGAGAAGCGUCCCAAAAUCCAAGGACUUUUCGGGGCCGUCUUCGGUCUGGCCUCGAUUGUAGGCCCGCUGGUUGGGGGCGCGUUUACCUCGCACGUAACAUGGAGAUGGUGCUUCUAUAUCAAUCUCCCGUGUGGGGGCCUGGCGAUGGCUGCUAUCCCCUUUUGUCUCAAAGUGCCUGACAGGAAUACUACCAAGGUUACAUGGACGGAGAAGCUGAAGCAGCUUGAUGUGCCUGGAAUGUGUUGCUUAGUCCCCGGCGUAGUCUGUCUGGUGCUAGCCCUGCAGUGGGGUGGGCAAAAAUAUGAUUGGAAUAAUUCUCGCAUCAUCGUGCUACUGACCCUCAUGGGCGUCUUGCUACUCGGUUUUGUUGCUGUUCAGAUACUUCUAACAAGGACGGCCACUAUUCCUUUGCGCAUCUUCAGCCGGCGCAGCAUCUUCGCCGGAGUGUGGGCGACCAUCUGCAUCGGUGCAUCGCAAUACGUAUUCAUCUACUUCCUCCCCAUCUGGUUCCAAUCCAUCAAAGGCGUCUCGGCCGUGGACUCAGGCCUCAGACUCCUUCCUCUGAUGCUCUCGAUGGUCGCCGCGUCCAUUCUCAGUGGCGUCACCACCCAGAAGGUCGGAUACUACACCCCCCUUGCAAUCAUCGGAAGCUGCAUUAUGGCGAUCGGUGCCGGGCUCCUGACGACGCUGCAAAUCCACACCGGCCACGGCAAAUGGAUCGGCUAUCAGAUCCUGUAUGGCUUCGGCAUGGGCAUGUGCUUCCAGCAACCCAACCUCGCGGCGCAGACCGUCCUGCCAACGAAAGAUGUGCCUGUCGGAAUCGCAGUCAUGUUCUUCAGCCAGCUGCUUGGUGCUGCGGCGUUUGUUCCCGUGGGCGAAAACGUCCUGGCCAACCAGCUUAUGAUGAGGUUGUCUGGGAUUCCGGGCAUUGACUCCGAUAUUGUUACGUCGGGCGGUGCGACGUCGCUCUUGAGCUUGGUUCCAUCGGAUCUUCGGGGGACGGUAUUGACGGCUUAUAACGAGGCGCUGCGGAAGGUGUUCCAAAUUGGGCUGAUCGUGGCCUGUUUGACCAUUCUAGGGACUGCCUCGUUUGAGUGGGUGAGUAUCCGGAAGAAGUCAGAGGCUAGUUCUGGUGUUGGGAAUGGUCAUGCCCCCGAAGAGGAGCAAUAG